AUGAGCGAAGCCACGAGCAGAACAAAAAUCCCGCCCACAUCCCAGAGGAGCCCCGCCUUCUCCAUCCGUCCUAGCUCCGAGAGCGAGGCAUCCUUCCCUGCGUGGGCGCGGAAAACCAUUCCCCCUGCCUUCCGCUCGCAUCUCAAGAGGAGGCCGCAUUCCACAGAAAGCGAGACAGCGACCUCCAGCCGUCGCCUGCCACCAUUCCCAGGAUGUCCCCAGGAUGCUCUCAGUCCACUCUCCAGCGCGAAUCCUGUUUUCCCUGUACUGCCUUCGACUUUCAGCGAGACUCGACUCACACCAGCGUGCGCCACGCUGCGACAGCCCCUGGGCAAAGCCUCGUUGCCUCCCUGCAAGAAUCCCGACUACCCAUCGUCACUUCGAGGCAGGAAGCACGAGAGUCCCGCCCACAUCCAGAGCAGCCCCUUUCUGCCCCUCCUGCGCUCGACGAGCGAGGAUCCUUUCCGCUGCCGUUUCGCGGAAAGCAAUUCCCGGCAUCUCACCGACGUCCGCCCCAUCUCAAGACGCGACGCCCGCUCUCCACCAGAGCAACAGCCCGACCGGCAGCCAACUCAGGUCGUCACCUAUCCUUCCGCAGCUACCCAGGUCCCGCGCCCACCGCCAGCUGGCGAAAGCCUCACCAUACCCCCAGAGCAACAACCACCCCCCCUCCGCUGGAAAGCCCCCCCCUAUCCCACUGCCGACAACCACCAGCCCACCGACGAUCCCCCCCGGCCGUCGACAUCUCCACCCCUCCCACCAAAACCCAAACGGACACCCCCGGCCCAACGCGUCCGCCGCUCUGCACCACUGCACCCGCCCUCCGACAACCUCUCCACCACCGCCCCUCGACACCCCCCCGCCGCACAGCGACACCACCGCCGCCCAUACCCCCAACCCGACACGCUCGCAACACUCGCCCCACUCCACCACCUCAGACGACGCGACCUGACUCCCCUGCGCGAACUCCAGAAGCUACGCCCAACCAUCCCCACCGCUCCAGCUCUGGAGAACCUCACCUGUCUCUGCCGCACCUGA